UUAUUGAUUAUUUCGGCAUCUAUUUUAUUUGAACGCUACGGAGUGUAGUUGUCAAUUUUUAAGUAGAUUGUAUUGAAUUUGUAUUUUUAAUGAAAAUAAAUUUUCGAAAAAUGCCUAGCUUUAAUUAAUUCGGUGUAUACUUACUCAGAAGGUAAUUAGUGAGCUAUAAAAUUAGUUAAACUAUGACCGAUAAAGAAGAUGUUAGCAAAGAACCCGCUAAAGAACCACUAGAUGACGAAGCUCUAGAGAAGUUGGCGGUCGAAGAGCUAUUACGGGAAGCAGUGCAAGGUGCUGCAAGAGCUGAAAUAGUUGGUCCAUCAGGUUGGAUAAAAGCCCCUCAGCAAAAAACAAACAAACGUUUUCUAGUCAAUACACUCAGGCAUGCCGUAGGCUCCAAUAGAUAUUACACAAGCAGUGCCCAUCGAAACCCAUAUAAACCUCAAAAGAACGAACGAAAACCAGAACUCCCUAUCAAAAAGGACAGAUCAAAAAAAAAGUGCUAA